AUGGGCUCCGUCGUCCUCCCUCACCUGCGCACAGGCUGGCACGUCGACCAAGCCAUCCUCAGCGAAGAAGACCGCCUCGUCCUCAUCCGCUUCGGCCGCGACUCGGACCCGGACUGCAUGUCGCAAGACGAAGUGCUCUACAAGAUCGCCGAUCGGGUCAAGAACUUCUGCGCCAUCUACCUGUGCGACCUAGACGAAGUGCCCGACUUCAAAGCCAUGUACGAGCUCUACGACCCGUGUACCGUCAUGUUCUUCUUCCGCAACAAGCACAUGAUGUGCGAUUUUGGGACGGGUAACAACAACAAGUUGAACUGGGUGCUCGAGGAUAAGCAGGAGUUUGUGGAUAUUAUUGAGACUGUUUAUCGGGGCGCGAAGAAGGGGCGUGGUUUGGUGGUUAGUCCUAAGGAUUACUCGACUAGGUACAGGUAUUAG